AUGCCCAAAAAAUGCAUCGAAUUAUCCGAUUUACCACCGGAAAUACUGCAACUAUUGGUGGAGAAAUGUGAUUUUGUUACAAGACGUCGACUCCGCGCUUCCUCUUCCCUCAUGUAUCAAGUCGUCAAUUCCACAAAACUAUACAUUCAUUCAGUGGAUAUGAGCUUCUGCGGUUACGAAAUAUUCGUGAGUCUUUCAGUCGACCCACCCUUCCAACACCAUUACAAUCUGACAUUCGAGAAAAAUGAGACUGGCGGAACUCGAAUGAGGUCUGAUUUUCGAAAGGAAGUGUUGAUUGAAAACUCGGAUCCAAUGAAUGCAGCGAUCGACUGGUUCGUACAGAUGUGUCACCAGAAGAACGUCACAAUCGGAAAGUUGUACACGGAUGUGAGUACACACGAAACGAAAGAAAACAAUUUGCGAAACGGAAAAAAACAAUUGGCAGAAAAACUCGACAAAGUUCUGGGGAAAAGUGAAAUCCCAUUGAAAAUCAAAUCGAUUAAAUUUGCGGAUUGGGGACUCGUCGAUUCUGGAAAUGUCAUGUGGAAGAUUACAGAGUAUUGUGAUAAGAGACUGCUGAAAGAGAUGGAAGUGUUAAUAGAAGGGCCCAAAGCGUUAGCACCUCCCUGGAUCAAUGUGUAUUCUGAUUUCGAAUUGUUUGGAAAGCAGGACGAAAUUGUAAAAAAUUUGAAGAAGAUUCAGAUCAACGAUUCCUUCAAUGUUUCCGUUGAAGACGUUCUAUCUCUGAACGCAUCUGUGAUCUACUUGGAUUCCCCGAAUUUCACAAACGAUUUUGUCUACAAACUCAUCGAAAAGUUCACAAACAGAAGAGAAGAUGGUUCGGCAUUCUGUAUUAAGAACUCUAGCGAAGAAGACGAUUUGGAUUUCAAACUGAUUCCGAUUCCGCCAGGAUUCAAGGAGACGGAUAGUACAAGAAGAUUCAAGAAAUACAGCAAUCAACUCAUCGGCACAAACCAUCCGACCGUCUACCUCCGUGUCAGUGAAGAUCAAGUUCUUCUUCAGAUUGGAGACACCAAAAAAGGGACUUUCUUUAGUGACAAUGAGUUCGAUUUCGACACAAGCGGCGACGAUUCUUCUUCUGGUACGGACAGUGAUUCUGACGCGAAUGAUAAUGCACCCGAGUAG